GAGACACACACAUGGCCGUUGCGGCUCAAGGCAGUUCGCUCUUUCUUACGAAACCAUCGUUUCCCAUUACAACAACAACAACAAACUUGUCCCUACACCCUACGAAUCGGAGACCGCUCUUCGUCUUGUCUCCUCCCCAAGCUCAGCUUUCUUCUCCCAAGAAAAACCCUAAAGAAGAACACCAGAGACUCUCCUUCACCAUUUCUUAUCUUGUCGACUCCUGUGGAUUAUCUCCCGAUCACGCCAGCGUCGCCGCUCGGAAGCUCUUGCUAGAUUCUCCGGAACGCCCCAACAGGGUUCUUAACCUUCUCCGCGACCAUGGUUUCUCCACCUCCCAGAUCUCCAGCCUCGUCAAGAAACGCCCCGUUUUGCUGCUAGCCAAUGCCCCUAAGCUCCGAUUCUUCCUCUCCAUCGGCGUCUCCAAAUCCUUACUCGCUCGAACGCUUUCCUCUGAUCCCACCAUUUUGACCAGAAGCCUCGUCAACCAGCUCAUCCCUUCCUACAACUUCCUCAAGAGCGUUCUCGACGCCGACGACAAGAUCGUGGCCGCCCUUCGCAGGACGACAUGGAUUUUCCUCGAGGACCACACCAAGAACCUCGUCCCCAACAUCAACCACAUGUCGGAGACGGGGGUCCCUAGGAAAUGCAUACAGCUGCUCCUCACGCAUUUUCCCGAAGCCGUGAUGCAGAAGAACCACGAGUUCCGGGAAAUCACCAAGCAAGCUAAGGAGAUGGGAUUCAAUCCCCAGAAGACAACCUUCGUGCUGGCGAUCCACAGAUCGAUAUGGGACAAGUGUACCAGAGGUGGGGGGUGGUCGGAAGACGACAUCAUGUGCGCGUUCAAGAAGCACCCGCACUGUAUGAUGCUGUCGGAGAGGAAGAUAAACAGGACGAUGGAGUUUCUUGUCAAGGAGAUGAAUAUGGCGCCAAGAUCGAUCGCAGGGUGCCCCGUGGUGCUCUUUUUCAGCCUGGAUAAGAGGAUUAUCCCAAGAUUGGCAUCCAAGGGGAUGGUGAAGGAGGACUGGAGCUUGACGUCCUUGUUGGUUCCAGUGGAGAAAGUGUUCUUGGAGAAGCUGGUGAUCAAGUACGAGGAGGAGUUGCCUGAGUUGAUGGAGGAUACACCACCAAACUCUGAGCUUUUGUUUUUCUUUUCAUCUCAUAUAAUAUGCUGAGGGCGGCGUGUGUAAUCAAAUUUUGGUUCAAAAAUUAGCGUCAAAGUAAAACAUCAAACAGCAAGAUUGAUCAUCAAAGAAAUAAGGGUGGAGGCUAGAAGAAGAAUGAUUUGAUGAGGAGGUUGGGAGUAAUCCAGUGAUACAUUACAGCAAAGAAACAAAGUUGAUGACCGUUUCUUCCUUCUGUUGCGAUGAGAAAUUGGUUUGAUUCGAGAGCAUUUUCUUUUGCUUCAAUUAUAUAUAUAGAGAGAAU